AUGAAAAUAAUCCUCACAGGCAGCACCGGCUUCAUCGGAACCGAAAUCCUCAAACAAUGCAUCGCCCACCACUACAUCACCCACAUCCACCUCCUCACCCGCCGCCCCCUCGCCAACCAAUUCUCCCACAAAAAAGUCACCCAACACCUGCACCUAGACUUCGAAACCUACCCCUCCGACCUCCUCCUCCGCCUCCGCGAAGAAGGCAUCGAAGCCUGCAUAUUCGCCCUCGGCGGCAAACUCCAGAAUUUCGCAAGCCUCGACGAAGCGAGGAAAGUCGGCGUCAACUACCCAGCCGCAGCGGCCGAAGCUUUCGCAACACAUCUAGCCACCGCGCUGGAGCCGUAUGAAGGAUACCCGACAUCUCCGCCGAAAGCUGGACAGAAGAGCUUUCCGUUUCGCUUCGUGUAUAUUUCUGUGGCCGGAGCGGAACCGGAUCAGUUUCGGAAGUUGUGGGUUAUGAGCGAUACGAGGAAAAUUAAGGGGGCGGCGGAGAAGGCGAUUUUCGGGGCUUGCGAGGAUGGCGAUUAA